AUGGCCGCCAAGAGCGUAAUUCACGAUCGCCUGAGAGCGCGAUGGGCGAAGCAGGGCGGCGGCCCGGAGAUGGAGGCGAGGCUGCGCGCGGCGAAGGAGGAGCUCGCGCGGCGCGAGAAGGUGGCGAGAGCGCGCGCCUCCGGGACGUCGCUUCCCGAGUCGAUGCUGACGCCGACGCGAGAUCCGGCGACGGUCGCGGCGACGGACGCGGGCGCGGACGCGUCGACGCCGCCGAAAACGCCGCAAAUUUCCGUCGACGCCAUCAUGGAGGAAGCGAGAGAGGAGAUCGCGAAGCGCGUCGAGCGCGCGCGGACGGAGGGCGUCCGGGAGGGAGACCCGCGAUUGAUUCAUCCCGACGACGACGACGAAGAGCUCAAGGCGCUGGAGGCGGGCUGCGUCGUCGUCGGCGGCGAGAAGACGCGCGUCUUGACCCCGCCGGAGACGAUCGACCCCGCGCAUCCGAUCGCGCGGUUGAAAGACGACGCGAACGCGGCGCUGCGGCGCGGCGAGUACGAGCUCGCGAAGGCGCUCUACGACGAGGCGCUCGCACCCACCGGGGAGAAGAAGACGGCUCUCGGCCUGCUCCCCGCGGACCUCGCGGGCGUCCUCCUCAGCAAUCGCUCGAAGGCGCGCCUGCUGUUGGACGAGCCGGAGAUCGAGCUCGCGUGCGCGGACGCCGUCGCCGCGUGCGCGCUGUGUCCGAACUGGGCGAAACCGCGCGCGCGGCUCGCGGAGGCGCGAGACCGCUUCCCGCGCGACCCCGCGCGCGCGCUCGAGGGCGCGUACGCGCUGGCGAUGAAAGCGUGUCGCGAGGGCGAGGCGAUCGCGGCGCGGUGCGGGGAUAAGUCGCGGCCGUUCGAGAAGCUGAUCGACGAGAUCGCAUUGAAAGCGGCGCGGGAUGGAAGCGUCGCCGGGUUCGACGGGAGGUACAUAUACGUUCGAAGCGCGGGCGAAGAAGCCUGGCUCGGCAAACGCGCGCCGGAGAACCCCGCGUUCGACGCGGACGACGACGGCGACCGCGAUCGACCUCGGCCGGACGACCCCAAGGCCCCGAUCCACGCGCGAUCGAUCGCAGAGGCGAUGGACGCGUGCGAGGACGGCGACGUCGUGUUGCUUCUUCGCGGCAUUCACAACGGGCUCGGCCAGGCGUGCCUCGUGGACAAGCGGAUCUUGAUCCGCGGCGAGGGCGCGCUGAAAGAGGCCACCGUGGACUGUCGAUCGAACGUGCCGCUGUUUCGCGUGACGCGACCGUGCGUGAUUCAAAACGUCGACGUCGACUUCACCGGCUUCAGUCAGGCGAUUCACGUCGAAGGCGGCGACGCCGUCGACGCGCUCAUCGAGAACUGCCGGAUCAAAGCCUCGGGCGACGACGGGAUUUGCGUCGACGGCAGCGCGAGGCCGACGUUUCGAAACUGCGACGUGACGGGCAAGAAGAGCGCGCUGCGAACGAUGGGCAACGCGCGCGCCGAGCUCGUGGACUGCAAGCUGCACUGCUGCGAGACUUCGGGGGUCAAGACGUUCGGCGAGUCGCGCGCGACGCUCCGCGACUGCCACAUCGAAAACUGUCAACACGAGGGCGUCGUCGCGAUGCAGAGGAGCACGGUGCACAUGGAGAACUGCGUCGUCGUGGACAACAAAGGGCCGGGCGUGGACGCCUCGGACGACGCGCGCGUCGUCCUCGUCGACGUCGUCGUCGACGACAACGUCGGAGGCGUCUGGUUAUGGGACCACGCGUCGUGCGACGUCCGCGGCGGCGUCGUGCGAGGCGGCGCGUCGCACGCGGUCCUCGCGGACGAGGAGACGACGCCGCGGUUCGGACGCGGCGCGAGAAUCGAGGGCGUCGUCGAGGCGACGGCGAGGGCGCGCGAAGACGUCGCGCCGGGACGAGAUGGCACCGUCGCGUUGACGCAUCCGGCGAAGCCGACGUCGUUGCCGCCGGACUCGGGGUGUUUCGCGUUCGAGUACACGAUGUUCGACCGGAAGCAGUGA